UCAAAUUCAGGGACCAAUACAUAAUGUUUAUAUUUAAACAAACGGGUUAGGCUCCGAAAUCGAGUAACGAAUUUCUAAAACCCUCAAAAGCCACCAUCACACCGCCAUUAGCCAGCUGCUUCUUCCAAGUUCCGAAAAUUCAAGGAUUUUUCUAAAGGAAGAAAUAGAAGAAAGGGAAAAAUGUCAUCGUUAAGGAAUGCUAUACCAAGGAAAGCUCACAAGGAGCGAUCUCAACCGCAAUCAAGAAAGAAAUAUGGACUUCUUGAGAAACACAAGGACUAUAUUGUCCGUGCAAAAGCUUUCCAUAAAAAAGAGGAAGCUUUACAGAGGCUUAAAGAGAAAGCUGCUUUCAGGAAUCCUGAUGAGUUCUACUUUAAGAUGAUUAAAACUAGAACUGUCGAUGGAGUUCAUCGGCCAGAAAGUCAAGCAAAUAAAUACACUGAAGAAGAAUUGUUGUUGAUGAAAACACAAGAUAUUGGAUACAUUCUUCAGAAACUGCAAAGUGAAAAGAAAAAAAUUGAAAAGUUGACUGCCACAUUGCACUCUCUCAAGAAUCAGCCAUCAAACAGGCAUAUAUACUAUGUAGAAGACAGGGAGGAGGCUAAAGAAUUAAGAUCUCAAUCUUCAGCAAAUGAAAUCGUCCCUGCAUUGGAACAUGUUCCUGAACAAAUUAAGAGGAAAAUGAACAGUUCCUACAGAGAGCUAGAGGCUCGGAAGAAAAGGGCGAACCAGUUGGAGAAAUUAUAUGCCGAUAUGGCUUUGCAGAAGGAAUUACAGAAAAAGGGUAAAAAGCGCAAACUACGUGAAGAUGAAAUUGUCUGUCCAACUUCCAAACCAAUAUAUAAAUGGCGAUCAGAAAGAAAGCGGUGAAAGGAAUUACUGAUUCUUGUGAAUGAAGUCUGAAGAUUAUGUUUGAAACUCUGAAAGUUUAAGCUCUGAGUCAGCUAUAAGGGAAACUGAUGAGCCACCUAAACAGGUGGGAUGCGAUGACAAUGCAUUCAAAUCUACCCAUCUAUUUCUAAAUUUUGACUAUUAUACCAUUCAACUUAUUUGUCAGUUGGAAAAAUGAGUUUGAUCUCAUUGUAGUUUACGAGUUCAAUUUGCUGGCUAUCCGAUAAAUUUGGACCUACUGCAUAUUUGUUUUUGGUGCUCAUUAGGAAGCCUUCUCUUUAUCUACGUUAAUUUUAGUUGUUUUUGCAA